AUGACCGCCGCCCCCAGCACCCGCGGCGGGCGCGGGAUGCGCGGCGGGGGAAUGAUCUCGUCCCGGCAGUCGAUCAGACCCUCCUCGAGAUACGGUUUCGGCAGUGCAAGGGGGAGAGGCCUCAGUGGGCGCGGGGGAGGGGGCAGCGAGCUCAAGCCGUUGGGUCUGGCCGUGAAUGAGGAACUGUUCAACCGCAGGAGGCUCAUCAUGGCGGGCCCGGAGGAUGGCUCCGACGACGAGAGCGAUGACGACUGGGACGAGCAGGGGGCGGUCCAAGACGAGUACGAGCGCAUCAAGACGCAGCGUGUUCACGAGGCGGUCAUGUUCAGGAAGAUCAGCAAACUCCGGGACCCCUCUAAGCGUGAGAUCGCCCGCGGCCAGCUCCCGUACCAGAAAUCCACGAUGGGCAUAGGGCGGCAGGGCUCUAUGGUGCGGCAGCCGUCGAACGCCAAGGGAAGCCCGGCGAUGCUUCGGCAGGUGUCGGCCGUCCGGCAAGCGUCCAACCUCCGCGCGAUGAACGCGGUUCGUCAGGCGUCCAACCUUCGGGGUUUGUCGGCGGCCAGGCAGCCGUCCACGGCGAGGUUCGGGGCGGGGGGCAGGAGGGCCAGCGGACUCGCGGGCGCCGGGGGAAGGAUGUCGAGCGGGCUCGUGCCGUCUAGCGCCGGCGGAGGGAUGGGCAGGCCAGUGGGGCUUUCGACCGGGCGCCUCGAGGGGCGCGGGGGCGGCCAGUUCGGCCCCAGCCGGAGAGAUAUGGGAGGGGACUACAGCAGGAAGGGCACGGCGUCGGACCCACGCAAGCAGUUCAAGACCCUCAAGUCGACAGCGUUCCUAGGAUGACGAGGAACGCUCUCCUAGGCUGACGAGGAACCGUUCCUCUUGAGCUUUCGAGGAACGUUCCAAGAAUGACGAGGAACGUUCCUGGACUAACAAGGAACAAGGAGGGUGGUGGUCGUGGUCUUGUCGUUCUCGUUCGUUGUUCGGGUAGAGGGGCUGGCUGCUUGACUUUCCGUCAGCUUGGACGGAAAACAGAAGCCUUAUUUACCCCAGCCCCCUCGCCUGUUUGACGCCGCACGUGCCGAGAUAACAAGGCGGCGGCGUGAUUGUAGCGGUUGUGCCGCAUUUUUGCUACCGGGCGCGCGUGUUGAAGCGCUCGAAGAGGAUUCCUGGACGGCAUGGUGGUUUGGGGGUGGAGUGGGGGGAAAAUUGCCGCGCUGACCUUUUGUGUUGGUUGCGUCUUUGCAUUUUUGCACAGUUUCAUGGAUGGAUAUUGCUUGGGGGAGAUGGAGUUGUUGUUGUUGUUGUUGUCUUCACAUUAAACCGUAUGUCAGUUGCCAAAUGCCAAAAUCUAGCAAAAGACUCUCAGCCCGUGGUCACGAAAGUGCUAGAGCCAUCGAGUGCGCGCGAUAAUUUUUCACUCGUUCUGCUUCGUCGUCGGAUUUUGCUCGUGCGGGCAGACGAGUUCUGCGGCCGCUUUUUUGCUCUCCUCAAACCUGACAAGACCAUUGCUCUGGUGGCGUAGUAGCCUUCCAGACCCCCAGCGGGGGGGGAGCGUCGUCAAUUUUGUCUGUAGGAUGGCAGUCGUCAGCGUCGGGAUGAAAAAUAUUUUGGCGGCCUUUCUGCUUCUGGUCCAACUUUGGUGGUGCUGGAACGAGUGACUGGCUGCACAGAGUACGGGGGUGGGACAACGGUGCUAAGCUAUGUACGACGCGGACGGAUGCGGCGCCCGUUGGCCAUGAUCGUUGUUCGCUGAAGUGUGUCUGGUUCCCAGAGAUUCGACGACACAGCAGGUGUGCAGAAAGAACACUUGUUUCUUUUUUUGGAUGUUCGAUAAAACCCGCGUAGUUACAUGCGAACGAAAGCAGCGGCUGGAGAUUCCGGUUCAUAGGCUCUUGAUUCGAGCGGAACGCGGAGCAAGACGUCGGCCAUGUUCUUUCACAUGUCUUUGUUGGCGCAGGGGGCUUGUGUUCUUGCGGCUGAUGUCGUGAGCGUUGUUUUGUCUGGACGAUAAGAGGCGACGCCUUCCCUGACCUAUUCAGCACCUCUCACACGGUCUACUCCGUACCAACAGCUCUCUCUUUAGACACAUGAACAAAAAACGGAUUUGAAUACGGAUUAAUUUAUUUUCUACGGGCUUACGUGACUUGAAACCCCCGAUCUCCUUCUAAGUAGCACUAGAGCAUGCGUAUCGGAAAGGAGAAGAGGAGAGAAGGCACGCACAGCGACUGCUGUUCGGGGGUGGGGGAGGGGGGGCUGACGUGGAGGUGCGAGAACUCGGACAAGUGUUUCUGACGGCCGGUGUACCCUCCGGUCGGUGAAGUAAAAAAGUACCAUGGAGGUGAACGGGUGGUUCAUGCCAUCCUGCCGUACGUCGCUCAGGCAAACUCGCCUCAUCGACAUUUGCUGCUCCCCAUAAAGGCCCGGCAGUCGAGCCUUGCUUGUUGAGUGUGGGUGAGGCUUUUCGAGCCGUUGGGGGAAGGGAACCUUUUGUCUAUUUGCGUGCUGUAAUGAUAUCCUACAGGUUUUAUGAAAGACGCGGCCGUGAGUUAUUUUUAAUCCACUUUUUUCGUCGGUGCUGUUGAAACGUUACGGUGUGAAGAGCAUGUACUCUUAAAGUUAUCCUUGCGAAAAAGGAUAAGUCAUGUUUCGGAAAAAUUCGCCCAUCCCAGAAGAAGCUCACGCACGUGAUACGUUGCAUCCAGGGUCGAUGGGCGGGUGUGUGCUGAGCUCGGUCCUACGGUGUAAGCCUAUGCAAGACUGCUGUAGAGCAAAACACUCGAAGACUGCAAAAAAAGCCGCCGUAUUUUGAUCUCUGUGCACCAUCUCAUAGUCAAGUCAGGGCUGAAGUUCGUCUGUAUUGUUGUGGCGUGUAGUUUCGUUUCUGCGCAGCAGGUUUUAGUUCCUCUAUUCAGCAGCCUGCCCGUCGCGUGAUUUCCGGCCGCGCCUGCACAUGUGCGUGCGCGCCUUUUGUCCUCUCGUGACUCGUCACGAAACGAAAAAAGAGAGCGAGUUUGUAAGUUGUUGUGCUGUCGUUGGUUUUUUAGCGUGUGCCGUACACGUCUUGCUGUGUGUUCGAACGAUGAUGGGUGGAGGCAUGGUAGCUGUGGGUGCUGGUGAGUAGCACUACUGCUGUGCUCUUUGCGUACGUCAAGCCGAUCGGUCUGAUGCUUUUUGGUUUUCUUUCGCAACUAUUUAUGUUGCUCGUUCAUCCCUCGCAUAGUUCUGAGGGAAUUGUGAUGAUUCCUGUAGUGCAUCAAACCUCCUAAUGUUUGCCUCUGAAAGAAGGCGAAUGUUUCAAAGUUGCGUACACUACGGAGGCCUUGAAGAAAUCCAACGCCGGGGGGACACCCUGGCACAGCCCUCGCAG